ACGUGUGCCCUGCAAUGGAUGGUCCUGGUGUAUUUAAAUGGAUCACAUUUCAAGAGAUACUGUUUCUCUUCAUAUCUUGUUCAGUAUUAGCGUUCCUAUUAAGAUCACAGGAUAGCCUAGAGUUUAAACUAGUACUGAACGUAACUACUGAGGAAAGGGCGGCGAGAGAGAAUUAUGCAAAUCAGAAAUUCCCUCUUAGAAAUGAAAAACUUCCUUUACCUAUUGUAACUGAUUUGGAAAGUGAUGGACAAACAGAUGUUAUACUAGUCAGUGCUGAUAAGAUACUCAAUGUAUACUCACGCCAUUAUACACCUUCUUAUCUUGGACACCAUGGGAUCAGACACAGUAAUAAGAAUGUGUCAUUGUCAAAGACGUCACGUGUUGUUGCUAUGACAACCUGUUUCCUACAACCGUACCAGUCAGUGGUUCAAGUACGCAAGCAGGUUAGGAGAGAGAGAGAGGGAAGAAAUGUAUCUACCAGACAUGGGGUAAUAGUAAUAGAUAAUAGUAAUAGUAAUAGUAAAGAUUACAUGUUUUGAAGUAAUUGUAAUAGUAAUAGUAA